UAGCGUAGCGCAGUAUAGACUGCAGAACGUAAGGGUAAUCGAAUCCACUUACUUACAGAUUAGAGGCCAUUAAAUCGGACUCAGCUAAAUCAAGCCUUUGAAUCGAUCCAAUCGGCAUUUGAAUUCAAAGUCCCGCGACAAAAAGCUUCAACCCAGAGUACUUUUUUGAAAAAGCACAAGCAAGCAUAAUAAUAACAGAAGGGUUAUUCAACCCACAAGUGCCGGCCAGAACUAGAGGUAUUAAAAAUCCACAGGUGACAGCAUGAGUACUCUUCGGAUUUGCCAGGCUGUAUCGCUGAAUCCCAAUGGUCUUGUGAAAGAAGUACUGACACCGUCCACCAGGAUUUGUUUGAUGGGUUGCCAGGAUGUGAAGCCCAAUGAGUUGCGUCGUUUUCCAGUCCACGAUCCCGAUCGCUGCAAACAUUGGCUGCGUCAUUUCGGCGUCAGCGAUAAACUGGUAGAUCAACUCGGCGGCCUGCAAAAGCUGCGCAUCUGCUUCAGACAUUUUAGCCAACGCCAGGAGAUGGCCAAAACGCGCAUUAAGAUGACGCCGCUGCGCAAGUCCUCCAAGGGGAUAAUAGUACUACCCAAUAAUGGAGGGAAGGGAGGAGGAGAGGGAGGAGCUGGGAGCGGUCAAGUCAAGCCGGCAGUGGCGGUGGCUAACACCACCAUUGAACUUGUAGAGAGCCCAACCAGAGAUCUGGAGAAGAGUCACCAGGCCAAGAAGCCCAUUUCCAGCAUUAUGCCCAUGCCCCAGCGUUCCCACUCCAUCAGCUCCUCGGCCUCCAGCGAUGUGCAGUCAAUAAACUCCGAUUAUGAAGCUUCUCUACCAUUUACCACCCUGGAGGAUUCCCAGAACCACUUGGAGAAUGGACAGACCAAGAAGAGGAAACUCUACGUGAUCACCGAGAAAUCAAAUGAGACCAACGGUCAUGCUCCGGAGUCCAAUGGACAGCCCAAAAAGCGCAAGAUGUUCGUGGUUGUGGAGCAGGACAAAGAAGCGGCUGGCAAGAAAUUGAUGAUUAUGACCGACAAACCGCAGGCCAAUCUUACCCAGCAUUUGGAGAAACUAUUGCCCGAAAUACUGAAUCGCAUACAGGACAAAGAACAGAAGCAGAUCAAACCAACUCCAGUGGUGGUAAAAUCCAACCCAGCGGUAAACAAUCGCAGACCACAAAUAACAUUGCCGCCCAAGAAGAACCCCACUAACUUUGUCAAGAUCACGCCGACUGCAAGUCCAGAGCCAUCGCCCAUUCAGAUGCCAGUUCCAAUUGCAAAUACCAAGAUCGUAAAGAACGAAAAUUUGGAAGAGAAAAUCAAUUCGGAGGAUAUCGAGACGAACAUAAAUCUAUCGCCUGACUUUCGCUUUCUAAUGAAGAUCCUUCCUAAAUUGGAACAGUUGCCCGAGCCACACAAGCAGAAUGUAAAGCGCUCCAUCCAGAUAUUCGUUGAGAAGAGCUACAGUAUCUACGGCAACAAGGAUUAGUUACCAGUAUUUCAUCAUUCAUUCACCGAUUUAAUUUCCAUUUCAUGUGAAAAAGUUCCCAUUAUUUUCGAAAGAAUCGUACAUAUAAAAGGCAUUUCAUUACGUUGUCUAAGACUGAAACAGACCAAUUUAAUUUGUAAGCCAUCGCAGAGCUGAAGCAGCUCCCCAUUUAGAUUUGUAAGCCAACCCUAAAUUUAAUGUUACCCCGCUGGAGAUGGGUACAUUUUGAAAGAGUUAAGCCAUAAAAAGAAUUACCAUGUUUGAAGUCCUUUCUAUAUUGAAUAUAUGAAAGCUUUAUGUAAGCCCAACAAUGAAA